AUGUUACUACUCUCCAUCCUCUUGACUCUCGCCACUUAUCUCUUCCUCGCCAUGUCGCAGAAUCAAGAAAACCCACAAGGUCAAGAAGAUCUUUUGGUCACCAUUGGCAACAAACAGGUACCCCUCUCCAAGAUUAACAAGCCCCACAACGUGGUGGUUGGAGGUGUGGACAAGCCUGUUCCAAACUUGCAACAAUUCCCAGAUGUUGAGCCGGAGGCAAAGGCUCGUGAGGCCAAAUUGGAUGCGGAAAGAGCUGCUAGAAAGAAAGAGGAGUUGUAA